AUGGCAGUCGACGAAGAGAUUCCGACGAUCGACUACUUCGCCCUCUUCUCCGCCGACCCUUCCCAGUGCUCCACGGCCAUGGAGCGCCUCUCCAUAGCUUGUGAACAUUACGGCUUCUUCAACCUGGUGAACCAUGGGAUAGCGGAUGGAGUGAUGGAAGGCGCGGUGAGGGGGGUAUCGGAUUUCGUGGGGCAGACGGCGGUGGAGGAGAAGAGCAAGUACAGGGAAGCGCAUCCAGGGGCUAAGAUUCUUUGGGAUUCCAAUUGUCACGCCGGUGAGAAUAGGGAAUAUCUCAAGCUCGUUGCUCGUCCACAAUUCCAUUGCCCGCCUAAUCCUCCAUCCUUCAGGUAUAUGUAUUUUUUUGAAAAUAAUAGCUAUAUAGUUAAACUAGUUAAAAAAAGAAAAAACAAAACAGUUAUCUAG